CUUGCUCUGGAGGACAUGAGCAAGGAACAGGUGGAGGAACACAUUGGCCGCAUCCGGGAGGAGCUGGACCACGAGCGGGCCGAGCGCAACUUCUUCCAGCUGGAGCGGGACAAGAUCCACACUUUCUGGGAGAUCACGCGGAGGCAGCUGGAGGAGAAGAAGGCUGAGCUGAGGAACAAAGACCGGGAGAUGGAGGAGGCUGCGGAGAGGCACCAGGUGGAGAUCAAGGUCUAUAAGCAGAAGGUGAGGCACUUGCUGUACGAGCAUCAGAACAACUUGAUGGAGAUGAAGGCGGAGGGCACCGUGGUCAUGAAGCUGGCGCAGGAGGAGCGCAGCGCGCAGGAGAGAGCCCUGUGCAGGAAGACGCGGGCGCUGCAGGUGGAGCUGAAGGAACAGGAGCUGUCCAGUGAGCUGGUGGAGAAGAAGCUGAGGCUGAAACACGCCGAGGAGAUCACCAAGAUACGCAAGGACUUUGAGCGGCAGGUACGAGAAAUCGAGGCCAAGUACGAUAAGAAGGUCAGGAUGCUCAGGGAAGAGCUUGACCUGCGCAGGAAGACAGAGAUCCACGAGGUGGAGGAGAGGAAGAACAGCCAGAUCAGCGUGCUUGUGCAGCGCCACGAGGAGGCCUUCACGGACAUCAGGAACUAUUACGACGGAAUCACCCGCAACAACCUGGCUCUCAUCAACUCCCUCAAGGAGCAGGUGGAGGAUGCGCGGAAGAAGGAGAAGCACCUGGAGAAGGAGAUGAUGGAGGUGUCUGCGCAGAACAGGUGCCUGGCAGACCCCCUGCAGAAGGCUCGGGAUGAGAUAAGCAAGAUGCAGAAGCAGCUCGGGGGCUACGAGAGGGACAAGCAGAUCCUGCUGCGCACGAAAGCCCGUCUGAAAGUCGCCGAGGAGGAGCUGAAGAGCCUGCAGUGGGAGCACGAGGUUCUGGAGCAGCGCUUCACGCAGGUGCAGCAGGAGCGGGACGAGCUGUACCAGAAGUUAACCGCAGCCAUCCUGGAGGUGCAGCAGAAGGUGGGCCUCAAGAACCUCGUCUUGGAGCGCAAGGUACAGGCACUGGCCGCCGCUGUGGAGAAGAAGGAGGUGCAGUUCAACGAGGUGCUGGCGGCCUCCAACCUGGACCCUGCAGCCCUGACCCUCGUGUCCCGCAAGGUGGAGGACUUUCUGGAAUCGAAGAACAGCACCAUCAAGGACCUGCAGUACGAGCUGGCCCGGGUCUGCAAGGCCCACAAUGACUUGCUGCGUACCUAUGAGGCGAAGCUCCUGGCCUUUGGGGUCCCCCUGGACAACGUGGGCUUCAAGCCCCUGGAGACGGCCGUGAUCGGGCAGACGCUGGGCCAGGGCCCCGCAGGACUCGUGAGCACCCCAACGUAGCCCCUGCCCGGA